AUUUAAUAAAUCACAUUUAUACAAAAUGAAAAAUCCUGGCCCUGCAUAAGGUUAUCCCCCAACUAGUAGUGGCUAGAAUUACCUUUGCAGCCAAACACUCCCUUAAAUCCCUAAACAGAAAUUUACGCGCCAAAAUAUUUUCAGAGGAGCCAAGAAGGAGAAGAAGAAGAAUGAUAGGAUUAUCAUUAUAUAUACAUCGAUAAUUAUGGCCGCAAUCGGAUGGUACGGACCUCUGAUCGAUCUCUCCAAAGCUUCUUCUCACAUUGGCGAUUACGUUCAGUUACUCGUUUUCAUUCACAGAUCUACUCCCAUUCAGUAUAAGAUGGCGAAAGGAGGUGGAGAAGUUAUUAGGACAGACAUUCAGGUCGGUGACGAUACACGCAGAUUUUUUUCUGUAUCCAUAUGGCAAAAGCAAAUUGGUUCCAUGGUUUUUGCUGGUGAUAUUGUUUUGCUGCAAAAUGUCAAGAUUACAAAAUUUGGAGAUUUUGUUGAGGCCAGAACCAUCCAAUGCUCAUCUUUACUAUGUUUAGUCCACCCUAGUGAAUCACUUGUUUCUAAGGGUGUGGAGGGCAUCAUAGGGGAAUGUCGAGUUGGUGUAAGAACAAAGGAAAAGCUGAGGAAAGUUAUUGAGUGGGUGCAGCAAACUGGGUCUACUCUUUGCAAUGUGCAAUUGCACAGGCACCAACCUAUGAGGCAACAAUCUAUAAACUGGAAAGUACAUGAAGAGAGAGGCUCUCAGGACUUCUUUUCUCUUUUAGAAGUGUCACAUCUAACUGAUUCUUGCAAGGCUACUUUCUAUGCAUCCAUUGGUGAAAUUUUUCUGAAACAUCUUCAUGAAUCUGAGGAGGAGAGGAUGUUCAUCAGUAGGAGAUUAUGGACAACGGGAGAGAAUAAUUUGACUGAAGAUCUCAUUUGCUCUGGUUGCCAACUAUGUGGCUCUCCAUUGAAUUCUGAGUUGGGGUCUACUACGUUCGACCAAAGCACCAUUCCACUCUAUUGUCCAAAAAGCACUAGUCACCUCCAUUUAAUAACCUCAAUAUACAGACCCUUCAUGUUAUACGUAUGGGAUGACUCGAAAUAUAUUCCUCUCCUUGUCACAAACAAGGCUGCUGAACUCUUGUUUGGAAACAUCAAGGCUGAGAGAGUAUACUCCUGUUAUAAAGAGCGAAAUCAUGAUCAAACCCCUAAUCCAAACAAUGUUCAGAACACGGAUCAUUCUGAUGCAAGAGCUACUACUACUCAGCUGAAUGCUGCCGAGAGUGAAGUUAACUGUCUUCACCCUCCACGGGAAGGUAAGAGCUUGGGACGAAAGGGAAAACAGAAGUCUGCAGCCCCUAACUUGUAUUUGAUUUGGUUAGUAUUGCUUAAAGUUUUGAUGCAACAAGGGAAGAAUAGUCCUCUGAAAUUCAAAGUUACAGUCAAUGUGGGCAGAGAUUGGGAAAGCGGGAGAUUUGAAAUGGUUUCUGUGUCGAUACUGUGCUUUGGAAUGAUGGCGUCCUUGGUUUAGGUUACUGUUAUACUUCUUUAUAUAUCUAUAUCUAUAUAUAUGAGCAUAUAGUUGCAACAAAAUAGCAAAAAACAACUCAUGCAUCCAAGUCUAAUUGAUUGGAAUACAAGGCUUUGUUGGUUUGCA